UUAUGUGUACUGUUGAAAUGCAAUUAUCUUCAAUUAAGUGUACUGUAUGUUUUUGUUGGUAACUUGGCGAUUCAAUUUCUCAGUUUUCUUUCAAUGAGAUUUGAUCGCUUUAUGGAGAUAUAAAUGUACUUUUGGUCCAUAUAUUUCUCUGUUUAUGGUCUAUAGUGUUUUAAUUGGAUCAUUGACAUAAUUACACAAGUCUACAAGACUUAGAUCCCAUUUUUUUAGUGUAAUUAAAACCAUGAAGUCAUAUGACAUGGUUUUCUUCUAUGUUCUUUGGACCGGAAUGUCUACAACUACAAGUUUAUUGUCUUGAAAUUUGUAUUUACAUGCAUAUUCUUGGCAGCAUAUUUUCUUGUAUUUGCAUGCAUUAGUUGAAAUCAAGUAGGUUGGUGGCUCUGUUUGGUGCAGUUUACUAUGACCCCUCUCUUUUCUUUUCUUUUUUUCCUUUUUUAAAUUUGACUUUCUUUGUGGUUGCUUUCAUUUGAAGGCAUAAUAGUUUGGUCUUUAUUGAUUGAUUUAAGAGAGCAAAAACUUUUGGUUUCUUCAUUAUGUUAACGGAGCACAAAUUAAUACUAACAUCAAACUUUUGAUUUAUGUAUUGAAUAAUUAAUUUUGUUGGUUUGAGUGAUAUCUGAUUAAUUUUGGUGGUUUCUUUUAAAAUGUCUUCAUUGGAAAGAAGUUUAGUUCUAACACUUACUAUCUCACCAGGUUGAUGUGGCAGAGCUACGGCAAAAGCUGCAAACUAUGGAGACCUAACAAAAAGAACUUGAACUUCUUCAAAGACAAAAGGCUGCCUCUGAACAAGCUGCCUUGAGUGCAAAACAGAGGCAGAGCUCGAGCGGCAUGUAGGGUUGGCUUGCCGAAUCCCCUCCUAGCCAAGAUGCCAAUGACGCCUAUAAAUUCGAACCCCAAAUACACAGCUGCAGAUGCAGUUUUUAGUGCAGAACCUUGGACAGUGCCAUGGACAGCAAAGACCAUUCUGCAGGAAUCGCAGUGUUUCUCCUCUCUGUCCCCCUGCUUUUGUUUCCUCUAUGCUAUAUUAUUAGAGUCAAGAAAUGGAAUAUGCAACAAAACCACCUUCAAAUAUAUCAGACAUUGUCUGCAAAUUUGCCAAAGUUUGCAGAUUUAGAUCCAUUGGUGUCUUCUCCACUGAAAAUCCCACCCACAACCACCAACCUAUCAUUGAUUUUGGCAACAAUGUCCCAUCAUCGGAAGACAGCAGUGAUGCCACGGAAGAGGCAGAGUGCGACUUCGUGAAAAUCCAUC